CCAUAUUGUUUCGGGAAUUAUCGUUAGGGCAACUUGAUGACCAAUGACCCUUGUUUGCACAUUGAAAAAUGUAUCACCAUAGCAACUCUUCUCUCAUCGUGUAAUGGGAAGCUUAAAUGAAACAUACACUCCGUUCUAAAUACGAUCAAAAACUUUGUGAAAGUUAUUGAAGCGGAAAUUCUUAAAGAAGAAAAUGUCUGGUCAAAGUUACAAUGCCGACGAAGUGACUGAUAAUUUCUAUCCAAAAAGUGAGCAGUCAUCCCAAAUGUCAUCAAAUGUCUCCUUCCACCUGCCAGCCCUGAUUAUGGAGACACCACACCGAGAAGCAAUUCUCAACAUUUCUGCUUCUCCAGACAACAGUCUUCUGGUUGUUGGACAGGAUGGCAUGGUUACACACUGGUCAACAGAUCUCACCCUGAAGAAAUCCAGAAUAGUUCUGGAAGAAAACAAACAGCCAGCCCGAACACCCAAAUGGAUAGCUGAUGCCACUUUUAUGCCUCAGUUUAAUAAGCUUGUCAUUGGAACCUGUGACCGUGAGAUACGUUUCUAUGAGAUGUCUAACUUUGAGCCAUAUUUCCAGAUAACAGGCCUUGAAAGUAUGCCAUUACAGAUAGACUACAGUCACACAGGAGAAGAUGAGUGUUUGAUAUUAUACGGUGACAACCAGGGCUGCGUCAACAUUAUUCAAAUUUUCCGAACAGCAGAGACACUAAGAAACUGGUCUAAGUAUCAAGUAAUGGAUGGAAUUCCUAGCAUUCCUUUGGAGAACAUUUCUGAUGGAGGCCAAGUGAAUUAUAUCCGCUGGAAAGUGCAUAAUGAUUGGGUGACCAAGAUGAAAUACUUCCACUCUGUCAAAUCUGUGAUCUCAAGUUCAAAUGAUGAAAAUACAGCCCUAGUUAUGGGUUGUGUCACAGGAACAAAGAAUAUCACCCAAAGACUAAAAGAGAUGACAGAUGGCAGCAGUGUAAAAAGUAGAAAUGCACCGUUAGGCUCUGCACCACCCCGUAGACUUGGCACGGAUGAGGCAGUGUUUCAGGUCCACAAAGGGGUGAAAGCGUUUGAUUUCUCCAAGGAGAAGAACCUACUGGUAACAGGUGGACUUGACCGGAUUCUUCGUCUAUGGAAUCCUUAUAUUACAGGAUGGCCAACCGGUUUACUUCAUGGGCACAAUGCACCAAUCAGUUUUGUUCAUUUAUCAAGUGAUGAUGAUAGGAUCUACUCUCUCUCCACAGAUAUCAAUAUAAUGGUGUGGAGUAUUGAAAGCCAAGCAUGCCUGGCCAGCAUUAUAUCUACUGCUAGCCAUAUUAAGGGAGAACUGUCUGCUUUCCACUUCUCUCAUGACCUGGGAGCACUCUGCAUUGCCACUGACACCCUUGCUGUCCUGCGGUUCAGACAUAAAGAAGCAAAGCGUAAUUCUUCCACUUCCCAUAAGUUACCUAUCAUAUGCUGUCGAUACAAUGCUCAGUCCCAGCAAGUUAUCAGCUGUUCAGAAGACUCGGUUGUAAAAGUAUGGGAUUUCAACACAGGAGCCCUGCUGUUUGAGUUUAAUGCUGCACAUAACACGGCAGCUGUAAGCUGCAUGACACUGGAUAGCAGCGGAAAAAGGAUUCUAACCGGAGGCAGAGAUGGCUGUGUGAGAGAAUGGGAUUGCAGUACUCAUCAGUGCAUAGCAUUGUUUUCCCCAGUGAAAGAUAACCCAGAAGAGGUUACGUGUUGCAUUCAAGCUGAGAUUCACAGCAAUAAAUAUAUUAUUUCUGCUGGCUGUGAUAGAAGAAUCAACAUUUAUCCUGAUCUUCAAGAUAAUUCAAAAGGUGUACAGAGUCUUGCUUCCCAGUGGUUACAUCAAGAGCCAAGUCCUCACUAUGAAGAUAUUGUGUGUAUUGCUUUGUGGCCCCCAAACCUUCUUGCCACCUCCAGUUGUGGGGGAGAGGUUCUUAUUUGGAACCUAAUUUCAGGAAAAGUUUUCUGUCGGCUUGGCUCCUUACCUCAAUCUCCACUGCAUGAUGCUUCAGGUGAAGAUCAGAAUGUUGGCAAAAUUCUCUUCAUUCCAUCCCGAGGUGCUUGUCACAAAACAGCAGCAUCCUUGAUUGCCAGUGGCCCUGGAGGGUGUAUUCAUUUUUGGAACAUGUUUGGUGGUGGAAGGCUGUUUGCCAGAUUUAGAACACCUUCUGUCAGCACCACCAUCACUGAUUUGGCUUUGGGAAAAGAUGACUCCCUUCUUUUUGCCUCUGACCAGCUGGGUUUUGUGCACGUGUGGGAUAUUGCACAGUUUGCACAGCAAAACGUAGAAAUAACAGCUCCUCCACUACUGCACAGUUGGAAGGCCCACCCAGUUAGCAUUACAAGUAUUGAGCUUGUUCCGGAACAGCUGCUCAUUUUAACAUCAUCUCGUGACUGUCUGCUGAGACUGUGGACCUGCAAGGGGACUCUGAUUGGAACCUUUGGUGUGAGUAACCCCUGGGAUGUAAAAGAGCAGUCAACAUGGAAGCAGGAUCUUCCAACAGAACUGAAAAAUGGCACAGAAGAUCAUUUGCCUGACAUGCAGCCAGCUUAUGGUUUGGGGUCCGAAGUCAGUGGCAGUCAUGCAGAUUUCAGCAACACAGACACAAAUCAGCUGCUUGUCUCCUACAGCAGUGACCUGAAUAUUGCGGAGGAAGUGCAGAAGUAUCAGUCUUUUCCCAGAGUUCACCGCAACCAGCUGAAACAAAUUACAAUACCCCAUGUAUGUGGAAGGAUGAUGACCUACCACUCUUUGAGCUGCUAUGAGCUGGCAGAUGUCCGCCGGACUAUUCAGAAACCUAACCCUGCUGCUGAGCUCAAUGAUCCUUAUGAUUUUUCUUUCUAAACUGGCCCACCAUAUUCUUGUUCAUAAGUAAUAAUGUUUGUAUAAGAAAAGCGAGAAACACAAGCCUGCGCUGAAGCACUUCUGCAUACUCCAUGGCAUAUCCCAUCUUUAAUCCAACUGGCUGUGGGCCCACAUUAUCAGGAAAUUAAACGUCACAUUCUGGACUCGGCAAUAGCAAUCUGUAAAAGCUGCGAGAUGAGUGAGAGUGUAAGUGUCCACCAGUUCGAGAUACUGUCAAGAAUGGAGAUGAUGGAGUAGUUUCAGGUUGAUUAAACAGAAGAUGAAGAUGGAGCACGGCAGAGGAAAUCGGCUCCCAUCUCUC